AUGCAGCUCGGAUGGCUCGCAUCACGGGCCAACCAAGGAUCGCGGGUGCACGGAUAUUCUCUUCCUCCUGUUGUUCAUUCUGUUCUGGGUGGGCAUGGUGGUUGUCGGCUCGAUGGCCCUCGACCGCGGCCAGCCAGAGCGGCUGCUGUACGGUACCGACUCGUACGGAAACCUGUGCUCGAAGCAGAACAAUGAUGUGUCCGACGGCGAGCCGUGGCGCGACAUGCGCGGCAAGAGCAAGCUGUUCUUUGGCAACCCGUUUGUACCGGACAAGCUGCAGGUGUGCGUUUCGGCGUGCCCGACCGAGUUCUCCAAGAACACCGGGCUCACCCGUGCCGAUGUCGAGUGCCGCGUCAAUACCACCGACGACUCGACUAACUACUUUACCGCCACCUGGCUCCGCGGGUGUGUGACCGACGACAACUGCCCGUGCUACAUCCGCUACCCCUCGUUCGAGCUGCUCAACCGGUGCAUCCCGGGCCCCGAGUUUGACAAUGAGACCCGGAGCGAGAUCGCGAACUCGGAGGCCGGCGAGACGGUGCGCGAGAUGCUGGGUGAUGUCAUCAACGCCAAGUACAUCAUUCUGGCGUGUGCCGGCGGCGCGCUCCUUCUCUCGUUCAUCUGGCUCAUCAUGCUGCGGUGCUGCGGCGGGUUUAUGGUGUGGACUACGGUCGUACUCACGGUAAUGGCCAUGAUUGCCGUCACCGCGUUGUUCAUUGUCUAUGCAGGGCGGGCCAAGGAGACGUACGAUGAGCGCAAGGCCGAGGGGACAGAGACGACACGUCUCCGUGCCAACUACAUGACGCUUUAUGUUCUUGGCGGCCUCGGCGGUCUCAUUGUCUUUAUCGCAUUCCUCGCCCUGCUCUUUAUGCGGACCGAGAUCAACCGGGCCAUCGAGAUCGUCAAGGAGGCAGCGCGGACGCUCGGGCACAUCCCCAUGCUCGUCUUCUUCCCUAUCUUUGUGGUCAUCGUUCUCGCGGGCUUCCUCGCCUACUGGGUGGUGGUCAUGAUCUACCUGGCGACCGCCGGCGACCCGGUCUUUACACGUGUUGGCUUGCUCGAUAAUGAGCCGCCGCGGCUGCUCGAGUACAAGGCGGACAACACACUGCGCCAGCUGCAGGCGUACCACGUGUUUGGCGGCCUGUGGACGGUCAACCUCCUCCUCGCCUUCAACGAGAUGGUAAUUGCCGGCGCCGUCGCGCACCACUACUUCCGCGAGGGCACCUCGCACAUCCUGCGCUUCCCUCUCCUCGCCGCCGUCUGGCAGACGAUGCGGUAUCAUCUCGGCACGCUCGCCUUUGGCUCGCUCAUCAUCGCCAUCGUCCAAUUCAUCCGGCUCGUCCUCAUCUUUGUGCAGAAGCGGCUGGAGGCGGCCAACAACCGGGUUGCAGACUUUAUCUUUGCCUGCCUCCACUACGCCUUCCUCUGCCUCGAGCGCUUCCUGAGGUUCAUUUCGCGCAACGCGUACAUCAUCACCGCCAUCCGCGGCUCGUCGUUCUGCUCGUCAGCGCGGACCGCCUUCCAUCUCCUCACGUCGAACGCGCUCUCGCUCCUUGCCCUCACCUUUGUCUCCAACUUCCUCAUCCUCCUCGGCAAGAUCGUCGUUGUUGCCAUCACCGGCCUUGUGGGCCUCGUCUGGCUCAAGACCCGCGACGACCUGCAGUACUACGCCAUCCCGCUCAUCCUCAUCAUAUUUGCCGCCUACGCCAUCUCCGCCCUCUUCACCACCGUCUUUGAGAUGACCAUCGACACCAUCUUCCUUUGCUACUGCAUCGACCUUGAUGAGUACGACGGCCGCUACAUGUCGCCCUCGCUCCGCGCCUUUACCGACGCCCACGCUCCGCCGCGAAAGAGCUCCAACUCUGGCUCUCGCUCGCGUUCGCGCUCACGUACCCGCUCCCGCUCUCGAUCCCCGCGCCCGGCCUACGAGCAGCGCUCACACCAUUGACGGUAAACCCGAAGCCCUUGCACA